AUGUCCAAAACCAUACCACAACCCCACCCCUCCAUACACAAUCCAACAUCAGCGUUUGAAAUCCAAAGAUCAAGCCAAGAGUACCCACUGAGCCCAACUCUAGAAGACCGAUCCGCGCUACACAAACGGCCACCACCCCUACGACGGCGCCUACGACCGCGAGGGCCAGCCCCGACGCUGCGGAGUAACGCACAAUACGGGGGAAGGAAGGCGUUCGCAACGGACGGUGCGGACAGCGGCGUCCCGUCGACGGGAGAGGAGUCGGGCAAGUGGACGGGGAGCGAGGAAAUCCACCGACAGCCGCCCUGCCCGACUGCAACGACGGGAUUAUUGAAAGCAGGGGACCUGAACAAGGGCAAGACGGAAGAGAAAGAUAAAGGAAGGGAGAGAGCGGAUGCGAGGAAGCCUUGGGAUCCGCCGUUUGGAAGGCGCAGGGGAGGGAGGGAGGAGAAGGAGAUGGAGGAGAGACAGAUGGGAGAGAAUAAGUGGUUUGCAAGCUCGCCUGUGCCGCUGAAGAAGACGGGCAGGCAUAUGGAGGCCAAGGGUGUUGCGAGAAGAUUGUUUCCUGUUGAUGACGAGGGCGAGUAUUCGUACGACCACGAGCCACACGAUGGGCUAUUUGAAUCACAUCGUGAAGAUAUGGCUCGACUUACAUCUACGCCUCCACCUGCACCGGCGACGAAAGAUUGCACAUCCGUCGACACUGUGGAAUCGGCGUCCUCGAAGAAGAAGAGCAAGAGAAAACCAAGCGUUGUGUCAGCUAUUUGGAUAUGCGUCGGCGUCUUCGCAGUCUUGGUCUCCAUCUUCAUCUUCACCAUGCUAAUCGCUCACUGUCUGGCAUGGUUCCUCGUAUAA